AUGGCGAGAUUGACUUCCUUGGCUUCAAUGGAGCUUCUCUCAACACGUGGCAGAUUCAUCCCCAACUAUAAGUGUGAUGCCAAGGACGGGGUAGUAUCUGUUAUUGCAGGACCUAACUCUUACAUCUGUCCCUUCAUGGCAACCAUCUUGAAUGUCUACAAGAUGCCCCAGCUUCUAUAUGGAUCUGCUCCAAUGAAAGAUAAUAGCGAAGACACAGUUUUCUUUCAUCCUUUUUUCCCAAAUGAGGAGCUUCAGACGAAGGGGAUUCUUCAGCUGCUGUUGCAUUUAAAGUGGGUAUGGAUAGGGCUGCUUUCUCAACCUGAUGAGAGUGCACGGAGUUUUGUACGGAAUGCACUUACACUGUUUGUCCAGAAAGGUAUUUGCUUUGACUUCAUGCAAGAGUUGCCCAAAGAAAUUUUUUCUAAUCACAUUGAAUAUAUAUUUAAAUAUUAUGUUGCCAUAUACAAGGUUGUCAUGAACAGCACUGCCAAUGUUGUGAUCCUCUUCUGUGGAAACCACAUAAUUGCCAUUUUCAGAAUAUUUCCCCAUCUUUCAGAAUAUGAGGAUAUACCAGUAAAGAGAAAAGACAAAGUCUGGAUCAUGCCAGCCCAGAUGGAGUUCACAUCAGUCCCUUUUCAAAAAAUACUCCCUUUGGACUUUUUUGAUGGUGCCAUAUCUUUUGCAGUUUCUUCCAAGGAGGUGACUGGGUUCAAACCAUUCUUGCAGAUGAGAAGCCCUACUUCAGAAGAAGGAGAUCAUUUAACAAGAUUGUUCUGGGAGCAGGCAUUUGAAUGUUUUUUCUUUAAAGAUAAGUUAGAUGAGAAUGCUGGAGUGCUGUGCACUGGAGAGGAGAAGUUGGAGACUCUUCCUAAUUCUGUGUUUGAGACCACCAUGACUGGGCAGAGUUACAGCGUUUAUAAUGCAAUCUAUGCUGUGGCACAUGCCUUGAAAGCCAUGUUUUCAUCCAAAUACAAACACAGAGCAAGGGCGGAUCACGGAAGGCUGAUGAUUAUCAAGGAAGAAACGUGGCAGGCAUUACCACUUUCUGUAUGCAACGAAAAUUGUUAUCCAGGCUACCUCAAGAAAAAAAUAGAUGAGAAGCCCUUUUGCUGCUAUGAUUGUCUUCCUUGUGCAAAGGGGAAAAUUUCAAACAGAUCAGAUGCAGUUGACUGUUUCCAAUGUCCAAAAGAUCAAUAUCCAAAUGAAGCUCACAAUCUUUGCAUCAAAAAACAUAUAACUUUCUUGUCUUAUGAAGAACCUUUGGGAAUCACUUUGGCCACUGUAGCUGUCUUCUUUUUUAUAACUUCAGCCUUGGUGCUGAGGAUCUUCAUUAAAGAGUGGGAAACCCCCAUAGUCAAAGCCAACAACAGGAAUCUCACCUAUAUUCUUCUCAUUGCUCUCCAGCUCUCUUUCCUCUGCAGUUUUCUUUUCAUUGGACAACCUGAUCAAGUCAAAUGUCUCUUGCGACAAACUGCAUUUGGCAUCAUCUUCUCUGUAGCCAUUUCUUGCAUUUUGGGUAAAACAACCAUAGUGGUUCUUGCUUUCAUGGCCACCAAACCAGGAUCCCAAAUAAAGAAAUGGGUGGGGAAAAGACUGGCCAACUCCAUAGUCCUUUCUUGCUCUCUGAUACAAGUCACAAUUUGUGUUGCAUGGCUGGCAAUUUCUCCCCCAUUUCCAGAUUCAGACGUGCACUCCAUGGCUGAAGAAAUUGUACUAGAAUGUAACGAAGCAUCAACCAUCAUGUUUUAUACUGUUCUGGGCUUUAUGGGGUUCUUAACUGCUAUCAGUUUCACGGUAGCCUUCCUAGCUAGGAAGUUACCUGAUAGCUUCAAUGAAGCCAAAUUCAUUACCUUCAGCAUGCUGGUGUUUUGCAGCGUUUGGGUAACAUUUGUUCCUACCUAUCUGAGCACCAAGGGAAAGUACAUGGUGGUGGUGGAAAUCUUCUCCAUUCUGGCUUCAGCAAUGGGGUUGCUUGGCUGUAUCUUUUUCCCAAAAUGCUAUAUUAUUCUUCUGAGACCUGAUCUAAACAAAAAGGACAAACUUAUUAAAAAACACUGA